AUGUCAAUCCAGCAGAUCCAGUCUCGAGGAAUUUAUCAUGCCCUACCCGUCUAUCCAGAGAAUGUAAAAGGUUUAACAGCGAUCAUCACGGGUGCUAAUGGGAUAUCUGGGUACUACAUGCUCCGUGUCCUUGCACAAGCCCCUGAGCGUUGGACAAGAAUAUACUGCCUUUCACGAAGGCCGCCGCUUGUGCCAGGAGGACUGCCACCGAAUGCAGAGCACAUUGCCCUGGAUUUCCUGAAGCAACCUGAAGAGAUCGCCCAAGUCUUGAAAGAGAAGAAUGUGACGGCCGACCAUGUCUUCUUUUUCUCCUACAUCCAGGUGGAGCCGAAAGCUGGUGCUGGACUCUGGUCUGACGCCGAAGAGAUGUGUCGGGUGAACUCGCUGUUGCUUGAUAACUUUUUAGGAGGACUCGUCAAGGCCAAUAUCAAACCCAAAUGCUUUAUGCUGCAGACCGGUGCCAAAAACUAUGGCGUCCAUUUGGGUCCGACAAAGCUUCCACAAGAAGAGUCAGAUCCACGCGUCAAUCUCGAACCAAAUUUUUACUACCCACAGGAAGAUUCUUUGUGGAAGUACGCGAAGGAGCAAGGCGUAGAAUGGACGAUUGGCAUGCCAGGUCCCAUAUUGGGCGCUGUCCCAGAUGCAGCAAUGAAUGCUGCCUUCCCGCUUGCAGUCUAUGCGGCCGUUGCCAAGCAUAGAAAUGUGCCACUUGAAUUUCCGGCAGAUAUCGCUUCGUGGCAGAUGUACCAAAGCAUGAGUUCAAGUAUGAUGAACGCAUACCUGGAGGAGUGGUCCGUUCUGACAGAUGGUGCAAGGAAUCAGAAAUUCAAUGCCUGCGACAAUAGUGCCUUCACAUGGGAAGGCUGCUGGCCGCGUAUUGCUGGCUGGUAUGGCAUAGAUUGGAGCGGGCCUAGUUCGAAUGCAAAGUGGAUCGAGAAAGAGACUAGAUUCAAUCCACGGGGAUAUGGUGAGAAAGGAGUAUCAAGGAGGAAGUUCACUUUUGUGGACUGGGCCAAGCGCGAUGAAACGAAGAAGGCAUGGAAGGAAAUCGCCCACACUCAUGAUCUGCAGCAAAAAGAAUUGAAGGAUAUCGAUCGUGUGUUUGGCUUCCUGGACGGUAGUGUAAGCCGCCCUGCUCCAUUGGUUUUCAGUACCGACAAGGCUCGCAAGCUGGGAUGGCAUGGAUUCGUUGAUUCAUCGGAAUCAAUUCUUGAGGUGUUUGAUGAUCUAGCCAAGCUCAAAAUGAUUCCGCCUGUGCCAAAGGUAAAUGUCAAGUUCAAUUGA